ACCAUUCUAUGCGGUGCACGGUCACCAAUAAUUCUUCCAUAAAUUUAGACAUUGUGCCGAACAAGGGUAAAUUUGCGUAUAUAAAAUAUAUAGGAGCAUAUCGCUGUCUGUGCAUGGAACUGAACAUGAUUAAAUUUUUGGCCCACGCAUGUCAAGUUCGUCGCAGUGUCACAUGACACGGAAGAAAACUGUACUGUACAAUUACCCAAGCUGGGACCGCUGCUGGCGAGCCGAUACCGGAAUGUCUGCAUUUCUUACCGGUUGUCUUGUGAUGCUCGGGCUUUUCAAUUUGGGUUUCCUGGUUCAUUGUAUAUCGGUGUCAGUUACAGGCGGGUUUACUUGGGCCGCUGCAGUGACCAUUUCCAGUGGUCAGGUCCAGGAUUGUUAAUACGAUACAUUUUUCACGAUAAUUUAUCGGCGUUACUCGUUAACGAUAAUAUAUCGUCAUCGAAAACUCCGUUAUCGAUAAUGUAUCGUCGCCUUUAUCGUCAUCGUCGAUGAUUGUAUCGUCGUUUUCAUCGUCAUCGUCGGUUCUUCGGUUAUCGCGAUACAUUUUGCGUUACUUUCCCGUUUAUUGGAGUUGAAGUUGAUGCGGUUAACUUUCAAUUGUUUUGAAAUAAAUACCUAUUGAAGGACAUGUUGUUGGCAGUUGAAAAUCAAUAGUUUUGGACAUUUUCUUUGCACAGCGGGGUCCGACGAUGCGUCAAAAUGAAUUUUUCUCAACUUUUCGGGAAAGUGUAUUAUAUUAAUGGGAAAGUUGU